GGAUCGUGACCCUCCUGAUGGUAAAGGUAUGUGGAAAGUGACAGUUCUCGUCCGAGAUGGCCAAGCAUCCUCGCUCAGUGGGGAGAAAAGCCAGCGACUUUUUCCUUUUACCUCACGGAAGGCAAUAGAAGCAAAGAGCAAGAUUGACAGACAGACUCAGACACCGUACUUUGCCAGCUCACUCUCACGGGAACACCCAAAAACAAAGAAGAGGAGUAGGGCUGAGAGAGAGGUAUAUCCGCCAUUCUCUAGAAAUUCUCGUGAAACGUUGAGAGAAAAUCAGAUUGAGAAAUUAGUUCGGCAGUCAAACACAGUCACCUCACUUCCCCGAAAGCUAAAGAGAAAGAUGAAAGACGAAGAGAGUGGCGAAGAGAACCAGCCAGUAACUUUUCUUCCAGGUCACUUGCAUACGUUACAAAAGCGGAGGAAGAGGAAGGAAAGUGAAAGCGAGAGAGGAGACACUCUCAUGGGUCUAUCAAAGAAGCAUCGGGGAGCGACUGUAAAUUAUGGGAGUGAAAAAGAGCACCCUCAGUUAUAUACUCACAUCAGACUUCCUAGACCAUUCAGAAGAGAAAUGGAACACCAAAAUGAAUCUCUCGUUGGUUCUUACCUCCAUCAUCAUUCUACUUUCGUUCUACAACAACCACUUUACACAAACAAUGGUAAUAACAUGAAAUUUAUUAAUAAACGGUUUCCAAGUUCCUCUGGCACAUUCACACACAUGAAAUAUAUAAGCAAAUUGUCAAAAACAUCAUCUAUUGUAAAAGAUUUUAAAGUUGUCAACAAAAGUAUAGAAGUACUAAUGCAUAAUUCCUUUUCUCAUGUAAUCUCUUUCACGUCAGCUCAAAAAUAUGGAGAUUCUACAUCACUAAAGCAAUCACCAAUUUCGGAUACUCCUGACAAACAGAACAGCCUGAUACAAACUGAUAGAGAAUCAUUGUCACUUUCUUUCCCUAUUUUUUUGAGAACCGGAAGAAAGAAGAAAAGCAGAUUUGCCACGGAACCCAGAAGCAAUAUUAGUUCUUUAAAAAGUACUAAUUCGUCAACACAUAUUAUGAAUUUAAACGAAAGGAGUAUUGAAAAUGACUCCAAAAUCACCAACAGCAGCACUUCUUUUGACCCCACUAAAAACGCGGAUGUCGACAAAAAAUUGAUACCUAAUAGUAAUUACAACUCUAAAAGUCUAUUACCUAAAUCCUCAGAUGUCUCGCUCAACAGUACCGACAUUAUGCACACAUCCAUCAAAGCCGCUCGGAACACCAGAUCUAUUAAUUAUUUAAUGAAUAACCACAGUAACAAUGGAGCGUUAAUCUCAGAUCGUGGGGGAUGUGAAGAUGUCGAUACUUUCAUCUGGAGGCCUGAAUAUGGAAGCAGAGACGAAACUGUAUAUCCUGGAAGCGUGGAUGAUGGUGGUGAUGGUGAAGGACUUGUACAUAUAGUGGAGACAGUAGUAACGGUGAUGGUGAAGGAUAUCAAUGACAAUCCUCCAGUCUUCCCCAACACCACAAUGUUUGGAGACGUACAGGAGAACGGGCCCAUCGAUCUUUCUGUGGCAGUUAUUGCUGCCUGGGAUGCUGACGAUGCUUCAGAGGGCACAAACGCCAAGCUCACUUAUGCCAUCGAGAAGAACGUGAUCGAUGAGCUUUCCGGUGAGGCCAUCUUCUCGGUUCACCCAGAGACAGGGUUGGUGAGAACGGCACUCUGCUGCCUGGAUCGAGAGACCACCCCGGAGUAUUAUAUCCAAGUAGUGGCUGCCGAUGGAGGUGGUCUCAAAGGCACAGGAACAGUGGUAGUGAGACUAACAGACGUCAACGACAACUCUCCACGACUGGCACGACGGGAGUGGGAACUGGAGGUGGACGAAACUUGGGGUGAUGGUCCGCCUGGCAACGACACUAUCCUUGAGAUCUCGGCCACCGACCGCGACACCACCAACUACUUCUUCUACAGGGUGGUUGAAGCGAGCGGGUGGGGUUGGGAGCACUUCGGGUUGCGCGCAGCAGGUAGCACGGGUCAGCUCUACGCUACAAAGACGCUUGACUACGAAGAUGAGACCCACCGUCGGGGCUUCCGCUUCCUCGUGCAAGUCACAGACAUGGGCCGCGGAGGCUGGCACGACCCACGCCACCUAGACGCUGCAUGGGUCACUGUUCAUCUCAGGGACGUCAAUGACAACCCGCCCGUGUUCCACCGCCCUCACGCCCACAUCACUGUCAGGGAGGACACUGCUCCCGGGACUCUCCUGGCUGCCCUUCGCGCCCACGAUCCUGAUAUGACUGGCCAUCAGGAGGUGGAAUACCGUUUGACAGGAGGUUGGGACUCUCUCACCGUUGAUGCUAGUGGAGACGUGACAUUGGUGAAGAGCCUUGACCGCGAGGCUCCUGGAGGAGCUCUGGGUGAGGCCAUAAUCGUUGCAGUGGAUGGUGGCACUCCACCACUGUCCUCCACUGCUACCCUCACCAUUACAGUCACUGACGUCAACGACUGCCCCCCGCGGCUCAUACCUCCCACCGUUUUCCACGUGGUGGAGGGUGCCCCUGAUAAGCUCCUCGGUGUCUUGAAAGCCACGGAUGACGACGUAUGGGCACUAGGACACGGCCCUCCCUUUAAUCUUACUCUGGCAUCUUCCAACCCACCUCAUGUCUUCACUUACAUCGACCUCAGGUUUAACCGACUUUUGGACAGUGGGCGUGGAGGAGCAGAAAUAUGGGCGGUGGGUGGAGUGGACCGGGAGGAACACCGGGUGCUGCGGGCGGAGGUACGGGUGGUAGACGCGGGUGGGCUGGUCACCCAUGAAUCUAUCACUGUGGUCGUCGAUGACCUCAACGACAACCCCAUGAAGCCAGCAGCCAAGACUGUCUACCUCUGGAAGUCUCAGGUGGGAGGGUCUGAGGCGCCUCUGGGACGGGUGUAUGUGGACGACGCUGAUGACUGGGACCUGGGAGACAAGAGCUUCCAGUGGGCUGGACCCCCACACCCGCUCUUCUUCCUCAACACCAGCGACGGUGCUGUCUUCGCCUCCAGCCUCAUCACGGAGGGCAGGUACGAGCUGCGGUUCCAUGUUAGUGACCGGGUGUGGGAACAGAGAGGUGUGGAGUCCAACAUGACUGUUCUGGUUCGCUUGCUCACCCAUGACGCUCUCUCUCAUGCCAUUCCCAUCACCCUCACUCCAACCACGCCCACCCAACUCACCAGGGGAUGGACUCCAGCGAAUGGCGGAGGAGGUCUGGGAAGACUUAUGGCAGGUGUGUUAAGUGUUAUCGGCGAGAAGGAAAAUUUAGUGGAAGUAAUGAGUGUAUACAACCAUCAACAAGAUCACUACCAACCUUACCACUCGUCCAGAACCCAGCUCCUUCCAUCUGAUAAGCCCAUCAUAUCCACGUUUUCCACCUCUACUGCAACAGCAUCUUCCGUCCAAGUCGAUCAAGAAGCCAUCUCUCGUGAGGCGCCUGCUUCCUGUGUGUGGUUAAGCGUGAGAAAUAUUCGUGAGGGUGGAACUGGUGGGGUAUACAUGAACCCUGUCAAGCUAUUAGGUCUUCUAGAUCUACACUCUCUCCAGCUGCAGAAAGCGACCAACCUGACAGUGUUGGUAGGUGCGGCAGAGUUGAAUAGUAACUGGAUUGAAGAUGAGGAGCAGCAUAUAGGACCUACGCCCCCACCCAAGGAUGACAACAAUGCUCCAGACCCCUCCUCGGCGGCGUCCCGAGCAUCCACUACACUCCCUCUCCAGGUUGUGGACACCAACUCGACCUCUCUAGUGACACCACGGCUGACACAGUCUCCCGUUUGUCACACACAUGAGCCGGAGACCUGCACACCCACUUCCUGCCUUAACGGUGGGAGGUGUGUAGCCUAUCCCAGUGGAAGCAGGUGUGUGUGCCCUGGCGCGUCUUGGGGUUCACGGUGUAAAGUGCUGGCGAGAACCUUCUCAGGAUCUGGGUGGGUGUGGGUUGAUCCUCUCCCACUUUGCCUCCCCACCACCCUAUCAAUCCGCCUCCUCACACAACGCCCGAACGCCCUCAUCCUCUAUUCCGGACCACUGGCGCCGGCGUCUCAACGCCAACACGCCACGCCGACACCCAUGAUCGCUCUGCAGAUCGUCAAUGGGCUCCCGCAACUGCUGGUAGAAGGAAGAGGAGGUUCACUUAGGCUCAGGAUCAACACAACACUUCACGAUGGAGAUUGGCACUCCAUCCAUCUCUAUUUCACCUCUCAGGGCGUGGCGAUGAUGACAGAUCUAUGUGGGCGCGGCUGGGGCCACCCACGCGCCCAUGAUGAUUCCCACUGCAUAGUGCAGGAGGCGUGGAGCAGCCAGGUAGGGCCAGGGACCUGGGCUGCCACCGGCCCCAUGCAAGUUGGCGGCCUGGCACACGCACCGCCACGGCCUCACACACACGGCUGGAGGGAGGCACCUGAAGCGUACCCUCUGCAUGGCUGCGUCUCUCACCUUACUGUCAACGCUCAGCUGGUGGACCUGGGAGAGCCAGCCUUCAGCCAAGGUAGCAUGGGCGGCUGCAGCCUACAAGAUGCGGCCUGUGAGGGCGGAGUGGGCGGGUGUGGAGUCCGUGGACGGUGCGUAGGCGGUAUUAAGCACCCGGAGUGUGAGUGUGAAGCUGGGUGGGCGGGUUCGGGGUGCAGCACGCCCACUGUACCCUCCUUCUUAGGCUGGGCAUCGUACAUGAAAGCGGCGCUGUCGUUCUUGCCGCCCCCACGAGCGGUGAGCGCACAGGUGCGCGUAAGAACCCGAGGCGUUGCCCAGGGCCUACUGCUGCGCCUCUCAGCUCAUCAUGGAGCUGCUGCCUUCACUAUACACCUAAGGUCAGGUGUGGCUUGCGCCUCAGUGACAGGAACAGGCUGGACAGAGCAGACAGUGUGUGUUGAGGGACGGCCCCUCGCUGACGGCAACUGGCACACCAUCAUUGCUGAGAGAUAUGGUUAUAACUUAGUGAUUAGUGUUGACGACGGGGAUGGCUGGUCAAGACGCAAUGAAUCCCUGCCUCAAUUAACCUUGUUGACUCUGGGCCAUAAGGAAGGAGAUGGCCAGGAGACGUGGCCAGGUACACUUCAAAUUGACAAACACGACGCCGUCACGGUUGGAGGGGUACCUGAGUUUGUGGGCGUCAGACUAAUCGCCGUUCAUCAUGAUUUGAACCAAACUUGCGUUGAUGACGUUCGGGUGUGCGGGCGCGCUCUGCCUCUUACUCCAGCAGUUAAUGGGACCAGUUGGGGACAAGUUACUACAUCGGAGGGGCUGAUGUCAGGUUGUCCAGCCCCUGAUGCCUGCGCCAACAUCACUUGCCCAACUCCACUCUCCUGCCAUCCAACAUGGGACAAACCCUCAUGCAGCUGUGGACCAGGUAGGCAGCAAGGAAGUCGGGAGUGCCAAGAUCUGGACGAGUGUCUGUGGAAACCAUGCUUGCACGGUGGCACUUGCUUCAACAAGGAGGCAGGCUUUUUGUGUCUUUGCAGCCCUGCAUACACAGGUGAAUUCUGCCAGUGGAGGACAGUGGCCGGCAGUACCCACCCUCUGGCAGUCACCACCGCCAUUGUCGGCCUCUCUCUCUCCCUCCUCAUUCUCGUAAUAUUCGGUGUGGUGUACUGCGUGCAUCUCCGCCGGCGAUGGAACAAUCGAGCUCGAGAAGAAAGAGUGGAUACUGAGGGAGGAACUAUUUUAGAAGUGAAAUAUAGUGAUUAUGAGGACACAAACUUCCGUGGGUUGAAGCCUGAUGAAACUCAAGAAACACUUGUAGAGUGCCUUAAACUGAGAGUUUCUUGUGGAGAGCAUAAUAUAACAGCAGGAGAGCGACCCGGCGAGACUAUGUCAUUCACCGACGUGGCCACACCCUGUACUGAGGGUAGUGGAGGACACCAACCAGAGGUUCUUCUGCCGAAAGAUGACCUACGUGCCUAUGCCUACGAGGGCGACGGAUCAUCUGCUGGUUCCUUUACCUCUACUGUAUCAGGCUUGAGAAUGGAACUGGAGGAAGAAGAGGACAUUAAGCCUUUGGUGCCAGAGUUUCUGCAAGUGAUCGAUCUCUUGAACAAUCUUCCCGAGGGGUCCAGGCCGUACGCUGCACCUCCGGAGGAGAAGGAAAUACGAGUAAUAGGAUGUCGGAAGUCAAGUACUAAGAAUGAACGAAGUACUAAGUUAUUAUGUUUCAUCAAGAGGCGGUAUCUACCUUCUACUGAUGACCAUACUUGCCAUGAUCUUCCCAGGUGUGUCGGUAAUACCAGCUCCAGGGGUGGUGAGAACAGUGGUGGAGAGGUAUCAACAAUCUGCUGACACCGGCACCACCCAGGGUGAACCAUAUUUUGGUUUGGGUGCUGACACAGGCCAGGGUCUAAUGACCAAAUCUUGCUGAAUGACACCUAUAUCAGCUAAAACAAGGAAUAUCGUUCUUGGAAAUCUAUUAUUUGAAGCUCAUGACCAGUUUAUAAUCUUGAUGUGAAAUUCCUCAUCUGCAAUUAGCAAGUUUUAAAUCAAAAGAAAUCGGAGUUAUAACUCUUCACGGACACCCUAAUCAAAAACACUAUACGUCACUUGGACUUCUAUACAUGUCAAAUAUCAUGUGAGACCUCUACCAUCCUUUCUGACGAGGGGGAAGUAAAAUACUCAUUUAGGACGGUGAUCAGUAUGCUUUUCACAUAUUUAGAAUUUUAAAUAUUCCUUGUGAUGAUGAACACUUGUUAACCCAUUUGAGCAGUACAGUCGACUUAAUGAGAAGUAACAUAUCGUUGGAUAUUUGUUGGAAUUACGCCCACUGCAGCCAGUCUGAGGAAGAGCUGUAAUAUGUAAAUAAGUGCCUUGAAGCAGCCUAGUGGUCAUUCGGCAUAGUCGUCGCUGUUCACAUAUAGAGAAAAGAGUAGUGGACCAGUGUCGGUCACCAUACUUGUCAGUGCAAGGAAGCUAAUGUGUUACCUAGUGAACACCAGUAAUCAUUCAUUUACAUCAUCGAUAUUAUAAUAAUCAGCAGACGCAUUUUGUAGCACUGUUGGAAGUGCCUGGCCCUUUUCUCUCACCAUACCUGCACGGUACAUGUGGCGUAGUUUGUGCUGGGAAAUAUAGAGGAUCCAGUCACCAUUCAGAAGGAUACCCAAGAAAGUUCUUGGUUAUUUUGAUGACUAAGUUAGCACUCCGUCUGAUGCUACGGUCAGCCUUGGUAAUUCAGAAGACCGUAGGAUGCUAAACCCUUUCCUCGGUAAUUCAAAGGACACAGUCACUGCCCAGUGGUGGUGGUGAGACAACCAUUCACUAUGAAACUUCUCUUAUCGUCAUCACUUCACCACAUAUACAUCACCUCCUGGGAAUGCAAGACCGGGGUGCAGGUAUUGCAGGGUUUAUGUUAGUUUUUUUAAGUAACAAAAAAAUUACAUAUAUUCCUUUAAAUUGGACUAACUGCAGUUUAAUAAAUGUCCAUUAUUAUGUAAAUUAGAUUCUUUUAUAAUACAUAAAAUUGGUGAGGAGUAUAUGUUAUGUUGACAAUUUCGUCUUUACCUCACAUGGCUCCCUUUACACCUUACCUUACACGUCACCUCACUAUAAACUUUUGAACAGUGGAAAUAUAUCUUCCACGUUCAAUGUGUAAGGUCACAAACAACCCAUUGACAGCAUGUGUGAGCUCUGCUAUAUAAACCGGUUUGUUUUCAACAAUAGCUGUAAUUUGAUAAUGUGAAAAAUCACGAAAGCACUUGGAAUAGUAUUUUUUAUUCAGGUUAUAUUAAAUGCAGUCCUCUAAUAUACUUAUUUACCAAUGUCUUUUCCAUUGCAGAAUCUACCAACUUCACUACUCCAACAAACAUUGU